AUUCAGUUUAGUUCGGCGCGCAUCCGUACUCGCGAUGUGCGACGCGCGAACUCGUAAACCAGCACCUGCCAUACGAGAGAAGCUCGCCAUCUACGAAAAUGCUCUGGCAGUGGGCACGAUAAACGAGUGCGGCGUGGGCGCUGGUCCCACGCUGGUCUCCGAGCUAGGGCUGACAGCCGUGGCGAUGGUACAAGAGGGCGAGGGCGCGGCCGACGGCCUCAUCGCCCCGCGCCGGCUUCCCAACCCUUGCGUCGAGAACCCGCUACGCAUGGACCUGCAUAGAGAACUUAUGUUCAAUCAAAAAGUAGGCAAAAAUGUUCUCAAUCAAAAGAGCGAGCUUCAAAAGGCGCUUUCAAAGCACAAAGAGAAGCAGCUCAUGAACCAAAUAAAGGAGCACAGAGAAACGCCAGAACUAGAAAGGGCGAUCGCAGAACGUGCUAGGCGGCUCGAACAGGCGGAACAAAACACGGAAGAAAUCGAAUCCGGCACGAACCCUACACUACAAGAAGUGCGCGCGCGUUUACGACACGCGGCGCCAACGCCAUCUCCCGCCGCCUCCGCGCAUUAAAAUUAACGAUUUUGUUUCAAAUCAAUAACGGCCAAAAUAAGAAUCAAUCUAUAGUUAUGUAAUCUCUCGAUAACUUAGUAACAUUGUUAUUUGUUACAGAAGACCAUAACAAUUUGACAAAUAACAGCGUUGCUAAGUAACUUAUCAACAGAUUACAGAUUGCUUAUUUAAUUUCGGCCGUAAGCCUAGCAUAACAUUACCCUAGGAUAAGAUCACAUUAACACCUUGCUAAAAUUGUUACAUACGAAAAUCAUGGAUGUGACAUCAAAUACAAGCGAAUAAAAUCGGCGUGUCGGUCAAUCUGAUGGGACAAUAAAUUAUUGUCCUGAUAGUAAUUGUUUCGUUUGUCCCUCAUGUGACAAUGGUGGUCGCAAGGUGGUGGCAAUUUGUAACCAUCAUUGUUGCUCGGUUGCUAAAAAUAAGCAGUAACCCAUUGUUUUACUUUAACUUGAAAGUCGCUAUUUGAUCUUAUACCAUUUCGUUUUAAAUCAUUCAAUGAAUUCGACCAGCUGAAAACAGUAUUAUUCUAUUGAUUGCAGUCUUAGCGCCAUCUGUUAUCGCGUGGACAAACUUCAAACGAAAUUUUAAAAAAUAGCAACACUCCAUGCAUUAAAACCGUUAAAACAGCCAUCAAAGAAAAUUUUGAAACUGAACAUUUUGUUGGUUUUAGUUUCUUUGAUGAUAUAUUUAUGGAAUGGAAGCGGGUGUGCGUUGAUGUAGAUUGUAGGGAUAUGCUUAGGUUGCAAAAGAGUAAUUUUUUGAUUACGUAUUAUUUAUGUUUAGGUAGUUAGCCGGGUAGGAGGUUGGUUUUUAUUGUUUGUCAUCGAAACUAAGUCACUAAAAGUGUCACAAAAAUGUUUAGUUUAAUUUGUGUAUAAUAAAUUAGGAAUGGUACUAAUCAUUUGUAACUAUUGGAUUGUUUACGUUUUUAAAUGUGUUUAAAAUAUGUAGCAGCUUCAGAAUGAAAGUGACCUUUUAAAAUUUGCAGCGGCAGUGUAUCUACUCUUUUGUUUCUAUCUACUAUAUUAAUUUCGAUUGGCUCAAUUAUUAUUGAAAAUUUUAAUAAGGUCAUUUCCAUUCUUAAGAUAAUGUUGCUUUAAAAGUAAGUAGGUAGAUAGAUUGACGUAUUAUUAUCAAUUUGUUUAAAUGUAUUUUGAUGUAUUAUGUUCUUGAAAUAAACCAUUGACUGAGGAAUCGACUGCUUGAGCUGAAACAAUAAGGGUAUCGUCGUCUUCAACAAGAGAAAUAAAUAUUUUUCUAAACUUUUUAAUGUCACACUUAAAAAUCAUCAUUAAACUCAUUUGUAGGCGUUUACUAUUCUUGCUAAGCACCUUAUUAAUUCUGUAGGUCUUUCACUAAAUAUAGGUCAUCAUCAUUCAUUUUAGCAACUAUUUUAUAACAAUAAUUACUUAUAGCAAGUAGUUAGAUGUUGGGAAUUACAUUAUGUCUUAGGUAUAGAGGUUAAAUUAAAAAUAUCAUAUUUAUAACAAAAAGGUAGGAGUUGUAUUAUAAGUAUUUAGUAACAAAAUAUUACUUCUACAUGCAAAUAUAUUCCCAUACCAUUUUUAAUGUUACUACUCUCCCGGAUUUAUUGAAUAGUUGUCCAGUUUGAUGAUUUGAUAUCGAAGUGUUCAUGAAAGUGAUAGAAAUGAAAACAUAUUUUUGUAUUUUUAUGUAAAACCUAUAGAGCCUAUUUCUCUAAUAUUUCUAAAUAGCGUGUAGUCAUUCCCAUGAAAAAGCAAUAAUAUUUUUAUAACAGAAGCUGUAGUCAAAAUAUACCUCAUACCAAAAAUUGACGUAAGACAUCGGCCUAAAUUAAGUACAUACAUUAUAUUAAUUUAUACUUGAUAUUUAGUAUAGAGUUGAAGUAAUAGUGUUGUUCCGGCUUAAGAUAUUUAAUUAUGUUAUAUAACAACACUAUUACUUCUUUCUGCACACCUCAAACUUAGUAAUCUCUCAAAAGUUUGAUAGUUUAAGAAAUGAUUUAAAAUUAAUCGAUAUUUACUUGAUAUUUACGUUUGAGUAAUUUUUAUUUUAAAUUGCGAAAAAAUUUUGGCUGCAGCGUCUGUAUGUUUAAUGAUAUCGUAAUAUGUACGUACCUAUAUAUAUAAUUAGAGAAUCUCUAAGACCACUAAAAUAAUAGUCUAAAGCAUAAUUUAAGACAAUUUCUUCUUUGUAGUCUGUAAACUCUUAUUGAUUGUAAGGUGAACUCAUCAAUCCUCAUUACAAAUAUGUAUGUAUAAAAACCAACUUACAUUUUUUUAAAUUUCUGUACAUCUGACUGUUUAUUUUGUCUCUUUCCAAUCGGUAAAAUUUCUGUAAAAAAAGGUCAAUUUGAUUUAUUUAUAGGGCUGGGCCAAAUUUUCUACAAACGAUCAGUUUUAAUACCUAUUAAUUCCGACAUAAGAAAGUUUAGCUAAGGGCUAGCCCAACGAUCUUUAUGUAUUGACGACGCACUAGACGAGUUAUUCCGAACAAAAAAAUUUGCGGGUUUGCGUUUUUGCUUAGAACUUCAGUUUAGGGUCAUACUUGUAUUGGCAGCUUCAGAGAAUGCGAUGUUUGUUUGAAAUAGCCCUUCUAUUGGUAUAAUUUAACUCAAUGGGCUAACCAGUUAAGUCGCCUGUAAACGAUAAUACAUUUUCGUUAAACUGUAUUCGGUCACUAGGCCAGCCAAAAUUUUCGACGAACAUGUAAUUUGUGCGAUAAACAUAAAUCAAGCUGCAAAGUAACAAAAUAAUAUAAUCAUUUAGUUAUUACUUUUAGACAAACAAUAAAUAGUUUGAUUUUUUUACUUAAUGAAAAUAAACAUUAAAGUACUAUUUUCUCUCCAUUGUGCCUAUUUAUUAUAGAUGUUGUUGAGUACUUUCAGAGUAUUAGUUAGACCUAAAAGUAGAAUUAUAUUUUGUAGGAUGAUGAUUCUCACUGGAACAAAACUUUCAAAAACUUAUUCCACUUGUUAUCCUUUCACUCCCUUGUCUUUAUUACUUUGUUUUUUCAAAGUUAACUUUUGUUUGUUAUAUUUAGAUGACUUAGUACAAAGUGGCAUCGUCAUGAUGUGAAGAAUUCGCUUGAAAGCUGUGUGUCGUGGCCAUUUUUUUUUUUUGAUAAUAAUGUAACUAAACUAGCUGUUAAGGGAUUUAAUUCUUCGUAAAGUUUACAAUGAAAAUGUAUCAAAGUUUGGUAAUAAACAUAGACCAAUAAAAGUGUUUUAGCAUA